UAACCGUCCCCCCUGCUCCACUUCCGGCUCCUCUGUGGUUCCACAACACGCAUGUUAUCUGCGGCGGCUGUCUCCGGGAAACUUCGGUGACAUGAGUGCCGACAACUGUGUUGGAGACGUUUCUGUGCCUCUACGAAAUCUACUGAACUCCAUCCAGUGUAUCAGGGACCGAGUCAGAGAUGGAGAAUCCAAUGAGUCAGACGGAGCGUUCAACAUCUCCAACUUCUGGGACACUCUGAACCAGGCAGUGAAGGCAGUGUCCCAGGAAGCCACAAAACUCAGCCUGGCCUUCUCCAAACCCCCGCUGCCAUCACAACAGGAUGGAGAGAAGUUAGCAGACUCCAUCCUCAAGAGUGUCCUGACUCUGUCUACAGUGUAUUACUGGCUGCCUAAGAGCCAAGGCGUCAGUCUGAGGCGACAGGUCAGAGACGCCACAGUCGAGGUUCUGGAGGGAGUCUCACAGCUGGUGGAGGUCAUACUGAGCUCACCGCUACAGAGUCUGUCCCAGGAGCAGUUGACAUCAACAGGAGGAGUGUGGUCGGCCUGUGAUCAGUUUGCCCAGUUGCCACAAGAUAAUAAGGCAGCAGUUCUGGUGGUUCUGUCGGCUCAGACUGGAGUUGUGAAAGACGCCAUAGAGGAAAUAGAACAGGCGUUGGCCGAGGCCGACGACCCGUACAGUGACAUCCUUGAUGAUGACCAGGGAGGGGAGGAGCCUCGGGGCAACCAGGACACUUAUUGGUCAGAGAAGGACCGCAGCGUGAUUGGUCCGUGCCAGGGGCUGAUGAAAGCGUCAGCAGCGUGUCUGAGGAAGCUGACGUCAGCUGUCAAAGCCAACGGUGACGUCAGCACGUCUCAGAACCUGGCUCAGCUCGACGACCUCGCUGACAUCACCCUAGAGAUCAGCCCCUGUGUUGACGAUCUGGCUCUCUGCCUCUACCCUCCGAUGGACUACAGCGGAGUAGAGAGCAACGCUUCUAAAUUGGCAACGCUGUUAAAAAAAGUUCUGGCGAUCAUCAGGUCCAGUCACGUGUGCGGAGAAUCCCAGCUGACCUGGGUUCAGUUCUUAGACGGAGCCGUCGAUCACAACCUGCAAAAAGCCAAAGAUCUCAUUCACAGCAGCUAGUGUGUGUUUGUGUACAGCUCAACGUGUGUCUGUUGUGUGGUUUUCUCUGCCAGUGCAUGGAUUGGAUGGCUCCGGCUGUGUGUGUGUGUGUGUGUGUGUGUGUGUGUGUGUGUGUGUGUGAGAUACAUGCAGUAUAAGAGGGAAGUGUUUGUUUUUACGCGCCUGAGGAUUAAAAGAAAGGACCUGUUUCCUUACAUCACCUCUCUGUGGAACGAUGCUUCAUUGUGCCUUUGAAUGUGAACUCGGUCGACUCUGGAGAAACACGGUUGAUUGACUCUCCUUUCGAUGCCACCGGGCCACAGCGUCGGUGUUUGAUGACCUCGGAAUGGCGCUGAACCAUCAGCCGUCCUUCACUAGAAUCCAUGACUCCACCUUUCAUCGACAUGUUGUCUGUUUGCCAAUAACACAAAAAUCACAAGCUAGUCUCUUUAAUCGCUUUAAUCUUCUUCAAUUGUUGGUCCUCGAAGCAGAGAGAAAAGAAAAAAAAAUGUAGUUAUCCAGUUUUUUUUUAUAGUCUGCCUGUUCAGAUACUAUUGACAAAGAUGAGGAUGUGAAUUUCAGCCUUUUCAGUGAAUUAUGAAAUUAGUUUUUACCUUUUUAUUAUGGUUGAAUGAGAAUAUUGUCAAACCACCAAAAUGUGAAGAAAGAUAAACUGCACGAACAAAAACAGACACAGUAAACAACAUUAUGGCUGAAUAAAAGGUGGUAAACAUUUAAUUUUCACCCCCUGGCAGGAGCGAUGAUGCAGCGCAAAUAAUUUUCCUUUUCUCUCUGUUUGAGCAGCUAAACUUGAGAGAGACUGAAGUUAAAGAUAUUUAAAAUAGUUGCUGUUGUUUGCACUGUCAGCUGAUUGAUCAAUACUGUGCAGCUCAUCAGAGAUGAGAAAUAAACAGGAUGUAUCACUCCUUAUCAACUUCUGUUAUCAGCUCUGGACAAAUGAUUAAAUACGUGAUAUUUUUCACAAUA